AUGGCUGCACGAACAGACUUCGAUGCCAACCCUGAAAUGACUGGGUUUCAGACAGACGAAAAGCAAAAUUCCGAUUCUCGGCUUGAAAGCACUACAGCAGUAGACCCAGCUCUUGAGAAGUUUCUUGUACGCAAGCAGGAUGCUCGCAUCAUUCCUCUGGCAGCAGGCAUCUAUCUACUGUGUUACUUGGAUCGAUCCAAUAUUGGUAACGCUAAAGUCCUCAAUCAUACCACGGGCCAUGACCUUCUCUCCGAGACAAACAUGUCUAACUAUGACUACACAAUUGCACUGAUGAUCUUUCUCAUUGCAUAUGCACUAUUCGAGGUGCCCUCUAAUUACUUCCUCAAAAAGAUGAAACCCAGCAGAUGGAUUGCUUUUCUCAUGUUUUCUUGGGGAACGAUUACCAUCUGCCUUGGGGCUGCUCAUAGUUUUGCUGUCGUGACUGUCCUGCGGUUUUUGCUGGGAGUUUUCGAAGCUGGCCUCUUCCCAGGACUCGUCUACUACCUCACUUUCUGGUACAAGCCUGAAGAACGAUCAGUCCGAGUUGCCACCAUCUUAGCAUCGGCUACUCUAGCCGGAGCAUUUGGUGGUGCCAUUGCAUACGGCGUCGGGCACAUGAACCAAGUACAUGGUCUGUCCGGUUGGCGAUGGCUGUUCAUCCUUGAAGGUAUCCCUUCUGUGCUGUCAUCAUUCCUGGUCUGGUUCUGUCUCCCCGAUUUCCCCGAGUCGGCAAGCUGGCUCUCAGCUGAGGAGAAAGAUGUUGCAGCUUAUCGACUGGCUGAGCAAGGAUCGCACGGUGAGAGCAAGUCUAUGACAUGGGAAGACGCAAAGUCAACCAUUUUGGAAUGGAGGCUGUGGUGCCAUUAUUUGAUCUACUUUGGUAUUUCAGCCCCCUUUUCGAGUUUGUCACUUUUUACACCUUCGAUUACUGCUGGUCUGGGGUUUGCAGAUCUCCGUGCUCAGUUGAUGACCGUGCCUCCUUACGCAGCGGCUUAUGUUGUGACACUACUUGUUUCGUGGUCUGCGGACAAGUAUAAUGCCCGCGCACUUCAUUCUGCCUUGUUUUCUUUGAUUGGCGCCGUGGGAUUUAUCGCUUCCGCAACCCUCCCUGCUGAUUCUUACAGCCCGCGCUACGGUUGUCUUAUCGUUGCAGCCUGCGGUUCGUUCGCCUGUAUUCCACCUCUCCUGGGUUGGUUGUCUUCCAACUUGCACUCAACAGCUGCCAUCGGUCUAGCUAUUGCGUUGAACAUUUCUAUGGGUGCUCCUGGGCAGAUUGUCGGCGUCUGGAUCUACAAGGCUGACGAGGCGGCCAAGGGUUAUCCCACCGGUCACUGGACCAAUGCUGGUUUACUUCUCUUCGUGACCGUAGGCUGCAUUGGUAUGCACGGUUACUACGUCUGGAGAAACAGGUGUGCAGCUGGUACUGACCAGCCUCGAUUCAAAUACUGA